GUACUACAAGGAAUGGAAGCUGUUUCAUGAGUGUGGGAUCCUUGUUCAACCACUUUAUGCAGAGCUAUGGAAAGAAUAUAAAGAUGCAUCAUCAGAAAUUUUUCUUAAGGUACUUGUUUAUUUUUGCAUUGCUGUUGAAGUUAAGACAGAUAAAUAUCCUCCUCCUUCCAAGCAAUAUUUCAUGCCUCUUGUUCUCAAUUCCACACAAGUUAGCAGCAGCUCAAUGACAUUACCUUCAGAUAUCAUUCAAGCAGCACCACUUCAUAUUACCUUCAAUAGUGGAUAUGUACCUCCUGGUUUCUUCACUCGUUUUGUGGUUGUACUCACAAACAAAAUGGAACUUUGUUUUGAAAAAGAUAUUGGCAUCUACAGAAACCGUGUCACAUUCCGUUAUCAGGAUCCCAACAGCACCACUAUUGAGCAUGUAAUAGUCACUGAUUGUACUGAUGUCAUUCAGAUUGAUGUACAGCAUCAUCAUCUCAAUCAAGAAGUAGUUUCCUUCACAAAAAUUUGUCAAAAUAUUCGAGUUCUUUUAGAAGAUGCAGCAAAAGAAGUUGAAGAAAUUUUAAAGAAGUGUGCCAGUGGACAGACUGAUGAUAACAAGUCAACUAGUUAUAUAUUUAUGCACAAAUUCAAAUAUGUUUGUGCUAGCUGUUGCCAAUCAACACCAUCUCAUUACAUAAAACUGUCACCAGCAAAUCAAACUUUAGUUUGUUGUGAGAACAAUACAACUAAGUACAGACUUCCUACUGAACUAGAGGAAGUUUGGUUUAAAGACACCAAUCAGGCAACAGAGAAACCAAGCAGUCAAAGGAUCCGUUCUCCAAAACCUAGUGAAGUCAUGUCAACUCCAGCAGAACCUGGUUCAUUGUCUAUGCCACCACCAACAGACACACACAUUCACGAAAAUCCACCAGUUGAUCCAACACAUGUUUUCCAGUCACAUAUUGCUAAAUUAUGUAAAACUAUCAGUUCUGAUGUUGUGGCAGUUUGCAAUGAGUGUUAUUCGUCUGACCUGAUUGGGGACGGAACUUAUUCUUAUGUCAUAACAGCCACAGGAGUAUCAAUUGAUGACAAGGCUACAAGACUUAUUCAUGAUAUUGAAUCACAACUAAAGUCCUCUAUCAACAAGCAAGAAUAUUUAUCUAAUGUUAUUGAAGCUUUUUUGCGUGUUAAUAAUUCUAAUCUUAGUAUAGUUGCUGAAGAAUUGAAAAAUUCAUUUUUGUAGUUUAACCCGUACUAGACUGGUCGUAAUUUGUUAUUAUUUUAGAUUUGUAAUUCAGUUUUUCAGUUUUUUUUUU